GUGUGAAUAUAAGUUUAGUGCAUCAUUGAAAUAAGGACCUCACCAAUUGGAAGUCACAAACUUGGCCAUCAGCAUACCUUAUUAUCAUUUUUUUUGGUCUGAUUCUUUCCCUCAAAGAGUGGAAACAUCUUUUUUUCAAGUUGCUUUUGUUACAUAGUUCAGAAAAUGGCUGAUAGUGACUUUGGAAAAAAAAUCGCCGAGUGUCCCAACUGUUCAUCUACUUCUCAGAAAGGCGCACCUCCUGUCAGUCCCAAUAAAACAAAGUUUAUUCCAGCAUUAGUGGUGGAAUCGUCAGAUACAUCAAGCUCUUGUGAGCCAGACUCUUCAAGUUCACUGGACAGAAAAAAACAAAUUAUUAAAUAUAAGGCCUUGACAAAAAAUGUGCCCUCAAGAUCCUCAAAUAUAGAGAGAAAGACAUCUCAACAACAGUGGGGUCGGGGCAACGUUUCAGAAGUAAAAGUUCCUCACAUCAGGCUGGACAAUGGAGCUGCUAUUGAGGAUAUAUAUACAUUUGGAAGAAUAUUGGGAAAAGGGAGCUUUGGAGUGGUCAUUGAAGCUAUAAACAAGGAAACAGGAACUAAGUGGGCAAUUAAAAAAGUGAACAAAGAAAAGGCUGGGAGCUCUGCUGUGAAGUUACUUGAACAGGAGGUGAACAUCCUAAAAAGUGUGAAGCAUGAGCACAUCAUACAUCUGGAACAGGUGUUUGAGACGCCCAAGAAAAUGUACCUUGUGAUGGAGCUUUGUGAGGAUGGAGAACUCAAAGAAAUUCUGAAGAAGAAAAGGCAUUUCUCAGAGAAUGAGACCAGAUGGAUCAUUCAGAGUCUCGCAUCAGCGAUAGCCUAUCUGCACAAUAACGAUAUAGUACAUAGAGAUCUAAAACUGGAAAACAUAAUGGUUAAAAGCAGCUUUACUGAUGCUCACAAUGAAAUGAACUUAAACAUAAAGGUGACUGAUUUUGGCUUAGCAGCGAAGAAGCAUGGCGGGAGCGUGGCCAUGCUGCAGACCACGUGCGGGACUCCUACCUAUAUGGCCCCUGAGGUAAUCAAUGACCACGACUACAGCCAGCAGUGUGACAUUUGGAGCAUAGGUGUCAUCAUGUACAUUUUGUUAUGCGGAGAACCACCUUUUUUUGCAAGCUCGGAAGAGAAGCUUUUUGAGUUAAUAAGAAAGGGAGAGCUGCGUUUCAGUGAUCCAGUGUGGGACACCAUAAGUGAUUGUGCUAAAAGUGUUUUGAAACAACUUUUGAAAGUAGAUCCUGCUCACAGACUCACAGCUAAGGAACUGCUAGAUAACCAGUGGAUAACAGGCAAUAGACUUUCUUCGAUGAGACCUACCAAUGUGUUAGAAAUGAUGAAAGAAUGGAAAAAUAUUCCAGACAGUGAUGAGGAAAGCACAGAAGAUCCAAAGAACAUGCUGUCCAAUCAAGAAAAGUUGGAAGGUUACCUGCUCAACAUACCCAGCAAAGAUGUCCAGGCUGUCUCUAGUGCUUCAGAAGAAGAGGAGGUAAAACAGCCCACCGCUCGUAAAAAGAAAGUUCCUGCGACCAGUAAGAAGGGAAAUGUGGACAACUUGGACAUGGGCAGUUCAAAUUCCACACCUUACAGACCUCCUAAAGCUGGAAUCAAGGGAGAAUCAGACAAAUCCUCUGUGCCUUCAAGCCCAGGAACAACAACCAAAUACACUUCUAAGACCAUGGCCCUGCCUAGAACCAAAAAGAAACCCUAAGGUUCCCUCCGACGCUGAACAGUACAAAGUCAGAGCUGCUCUUUCUGGUGCUAAAACGGGAGAGGAGGCGGAAAGGGCAGCUCUAUGUGAUCGUUUAGCCUUGAGCCCUGCAGUGUGCCUGCAUCAGUUUGGAAUCCACGCCAGUUACCCCCAGGCCGGCGGUGGAGAAGGAGAGCCAGCAGCAGGCUUGAUGGCGGGGCUGAGGCUGAGAUCCACGCAAGGUGUUUUCCAGGUUUGUUUGGAGGAGCAGAUGCCCUCAGAGCAAGGCUGCGGGCGUACUUGCUCAGUUUCACUUCUCAUUCUUAGAUUUCAGCACAGUGAUCUACAGGGAAAAUGAGAACCAAACAUGGUAAAGGAGGUCCCUAAUGCUUCUGUGCACUUUGCACUAGGAGAUUUGUUAGGAAAUUACUAAUAAACUUAGCAUAGGCAUCACAGCAGAAGUGCUCCGGCCAUUCAUGUGUGUCCUUGUGAUCGUAGGUCACUAUCGAUUGUAUAAGACAAUUUAAAUGUAGAAAAAUAGGAGAUUUUGUAACUGCUUGCCAUUAACUUGCUGCUAAAUUCCCAAUGUAUUGAUUGAAUCAAUAAAAAAAAAAAAAAGAUACUACCCAUGUACAUUAA